CAGAGCUCCGGCUGGUGAGGAGGGGGUGCGUGCUGCUUCUAAUCCUCUGGAGAAGGGAUUGAGUGGAUGUCGGAUUGCAUUCAAGCAACAAAUGCUUUGUGUCUCCCUUAACUUUAAGAAAGUGAAGAAUGGCGUCCGGGUCUCUGCGGAGUCUGCUGCCACACUCCAGAACACGGCAAGUGACUGUGGUGGAGCCGGGCCUGUGCUGGGUGACCUUUGAAGACGUGUCCGUGUAUUUCACAGAGGGGCAGGGGGCUCUGCUGGAUCCGGAUCAACGGGCCUUGUACCGGGAUGUCAUGCUGGAGAAUUAUGGGAACCUGGCCUCACUGGGUUUUCCAGUCACCAAGCCUGAACUCAUCUCCAAGCUGGAACGAGGGCAAGAGCCAUGGGUGGCAGAUGCUCAGGACCUGGACAAGAUGGAGAACGCCAACUCCCAUCCAGGUCUGUCUGGAAAGCAUCAAACAGGCACCACAUGUGGGGGAGAUUAUACAGAGAAAUCAAGGGUUGCCCAGCAUCCUACCAUCCACAGAGGAGAGAAAUCAUAUAAAUGCUUGGAGCACGGAAAUGAUUUGGAUCAGCAGUCAUAUCUCUUGCAAUCAUAUCUCCUGAACCACCCAAGAAUUCACACAGGCAAAAAAUCUUUUAAGUGCUUGGAGUGUGGGAAGUGCUUUACUCGAAAAUCAAAUGUCUCAAUCCAUCAGAGAGUCCACACAGGAGAGAGACCAUAUAAGUGCUUGGAGUGUGGGAAGGGCUUUGCCCAGAAAUCUCAGCUUACAAGGCACCAGGGAGACCACACAGGCAAGAAGCCCUUUCAGUGUUCAGAGUGUGCAAAAUGCUUUGCUCAGAAAUCGCAUUUCGUGAUUCACCAGAGGGUGCACACAGGAGAGAGACCGUAUAAAUGCUUGGAGUGUGGGAAGUGUUUUCCUCUGAAGUCACAACUCCUGAGUCACCAGAGUGUCCACACAGGAGAGAAACCAUUUACCUGUUUGGAGUGUGGCAAGUGUUUUGCUUGGAAAUCCAAUCUCUUGAUCCACCAGAGAAUCCACACGGGAAUGAAACCCUAUACAUGCUUGGAGUGUGGCAAGUGUUUUACUCAGAAAUCAACCCUCACAAUCCACCAGAGGGUACACACAGGAGAGAAGCCAUUCGAUUGCCUGGAGUGUGGGAAGUGUUUUUCUCGGAAAUCCAGCCUCAUGAUCCAUCAGAGACUACACACAGGGGAGAAGCCAUUUAAUUGUUUGGAGUGUGGGAAAUGCUUUGCUCAUUCCUCUGCCUUUGGAAAACAUCAGAAUGUUCAUAAGGGUGUGAAACCCAACACCUGCAUGGAGUGUGGGAAGUGUUUUCCACGGAAAUCAACCCUCACGAUCCACCAGAAAAUCCACACGGGAGAGAAAUACUUUAAAUGCUUGGAUUGUGGGAAGCACUUUGCCCAUAAGUCAGGCCUUCAGAGGCACUGGAAAAAACAUGUGGCAGAGAAACAAUAUCAGCAAGUGCACACAGGAAAGAGGCCCCACAAAUGCUUGGAGUGUGGGAAAUGUUUUACUCAGAAAUCAGUUCUUGUGACCCACCAGAGAGUCCACACAGGAGAGAAACCCUAUGCGUGUGUCGUGUGUGGGAAAUGUUUUGCUGAUCCAUCAGCCUUCUCAAAGCAUCAGAGAGUCCACACAGGAGAAAAGCCCUAUAAAUGUUGGGAGUGUGGAAAAUGUUGUGCUCUGAAGUCCCAGCUCAUGGCCCAUCAUAGAGUUCACACAGGUGAGAAGCCCUACAAAUGCCUGGAGUGUGGGAUGUGCUUUGCUCAGAAACCAAAACUCAUGAUUCACCAGAGAGUCCACACAGGGGAGAAACCCUAUAAAUGCUCCGAGUGUGAGCAGCGUUUUGCUGAUCCAUCAGCCUUUGCAAAACACCGGCGAGUCCACACAGGAGAGAAACCACAUCAGUGCUUGGAGUGUGGGAAGCGUUUUGCUUGGAGAUCACAUCUUAUGGCUCACCAGAGAGUCCACACAGGAGAGAAGCCACAUAAAUGCUCAGAAUUCGAAGACUUUCCAGUCACCAAGCCUGAUCUCAUCUCCCGGUUUGAACAAGGGGAUAUGCUGUGGUGCCAGAUCCUUUGGGUUUGGAUGGAACAGAGAACUCCAACACCCACUCAGAGUACAGCUCCCGCCACCUACUCGGACCAUGGAGAAGAUUCCUUAUUCUUUUGGUUUUAGUGUCCUCUUUCUUAUAUUUUCCUAUGAGGUCGGCUGGCCUGUCUGUCUGUCUGUCUUAUAUUUGCUUAUUCCUAAUUUUGUUUUCAAAGCUUACAUUU